AUAAACCGUUGGUAGUGGCAAGAACAGAGCGAUCGCAAAAUUGUAAAAAAAUUAGAAAAAUAUAUAACACAAGAACAGCAGCUUUACUUGCAAAUAAAUAAAUCAUCGGUAACAGAAAAUUAGAAAAAAAAAUCUGAAUUCGGUUAUAACAAACAACAACAAAACACGUAAUGCACACAUAGAGGGGCGUUCGUUGAAAAAAAAAAGAAAAGAAUUACACCGAGAGUUAAUGGAUAUUGAAACAACACACAAGCAUAACAAAGCUAAAUAACAAUUGGAAAGAAAAAGAUUUCGUAAUUUCUUAAAAGAAACCCGAAGCGAUUUUCAAAGGAAACCUCAAACCAAAAAAAUUACAAAAAAGUGAAAGUGAAAAAAUUUACAAGCAACAUUAACUAAGGGACGCUUUAAAAAAAAUAAAGGAAAGAUUAGACUGACCUCAAAACAGGUGCUUACCAAAAAGAAAAAAAAAAUCAUAAAUUUUAUAACCAAAAGGCCAAGAAGCUCACAAAAAAUACAAGCAAAAUGAGUGGAUACACAGAUAUAACCAAAUUGGAUACACGCUGUUUGCGCCGCAUUGCCCGUCAUGAUGAACUGCAGUUCUCAAAAGACAGUAUUGUCAAUGUUAUGGAGAAGUUUGUGAAGACGGUUAAUGUCAUGGAUGAAACAAUAUUAGUUCCAUGCAGGCUCAUGGACCGACAGGUGGGUGAUAGUACUGAUAUUAUACCAACUCCUGGCAAAGAUGUGACCUCCAAUCAACACACUCUUCUACCAAAUGCCAAUGGCAAACGCAAAAAUGUCAACUCGAAAAAUGUUCACGAGUUCCUACACUCAUCAGAGCUCUCCAAUCUCUACAAUGUUUUGAACGCUUUGAAAAAUGACCUCUUGUGGACCGGCAAGGAUGACUCUGAAGAUGAUUUGGAAGAACAGAUGAACAGCUGUUUGCACAUCAGUGAAACGUCGAAGACUGAAAAUAUUUGCAAUGCCACCGCCGCCAAUGCCAACAACAAUAGCUCGUCGAAGGGCCAUGCCAGACGCCCUUCAACCGCCUCAAUGGCCUCCAUUGCCUCCGUUAGCCAGUUGAGCGACUCCGAAAGUGAUAUCUCCAAUGAAAACGAUUCUGGCGUUGAAUCGGAGAGCAACAAGAACGGCAGUGAUGCCAACAGCAGCAGCAGCAGUGAAGAUGGUCACGUACAAAAGAAAUCAUCGAAUGUUGACAAAGCCACCGAAUUGGCCAAACGCUGUCGAAGACAUUUGAAUGGCUUGUACCAGUGCCUGGAACAAAUGACAGAAGCCGCCAACUAUUUGACUGCACGGUACCAAAGUGAUAUUGGUGGUAGCGUGUAGGAUCUGGUUGAGGGCUGUGAAACGUCACCACCAUUACAUAAUCAUCAUCGUGGGAAGACCACUCUCACGCGCACACACACACACACUAACUAACUAAGCUAACCUAAGAAAUGGAAACAAAUGAAAACUGAAGCGGGGUUUGGGAUAAUUACUUCGCCAAGAAAUACACAAGGGGGUUCAUGGUUCUAGUUUAGUUCGAUAGAAACAAAAAAAAAAAAACAAUAGUUUUUCUUUUAGUAGGUGGUACAUUUUUAAAAAAUGCAUGCUAAAACAUAAAAGAAACACGGAAACACACAAACAUAGGAGCACUCCUGCUUCCAAAGGAGUGCUAACUGGAUAUUAUAUCAUAAGUUUAAGGAGAGUAUCAUAAUUAUGUUAUAGUUAGUUUAAAAUAUAUAGGUUGAAGUUAUAUUGUAGAUGAUAUUUCUUUUUGAGACAAAAACAAAAAAAAAAAACCCUCAACAGCAACAGAAGCUUCACAAUUUGCAAGUGAGGAGGAGGAGGUGCAGGCUAAAAGUAAAACCUUAAUUCUUAAUGAACUUGAAAAUUACAACACAAAAAUCAUUUGGAUAUACAGUGGACUUCGUUGAAAAUGCCAUGAUUUUACGCUGAUCUUAUCGGUUAACCUAAAAAAAUUUGCAUAGCCAUAACCAGAUAUUGACCUUUGUUCCUACAUUGUAAAGUCAUGGCCAACAGUUGCAUAUCUCCAAAUUGUUUCUUCUCGUUAUAUGGCGAAGAAACCAAUUUUCAUUUAUGACAACAUUCGGAUAUAGCGAACAUUGUUUGUCCUCCUCUCCAAAGGCAGGGGACAUUUUAAAACGAAAUCUAUUGUAUAUUUAAAAGUUGAAUAACAUCUCCCCAUUCCCAUUCCCCUCUACGUAUGGGAAAUACAAAAAUAUAACCCUACUUUUAGCAGCUUAACUUGUUUAAAAAACCAAUCAAAUACAAAUGUGAUGUUUGAUUUUGCAUGAAUUUAAAAAUGGAUCCGCCGCACAUUACCUUUGUAUUUAGACUAUUCAGAUUUGGUCGAACAUAUAUUUUGUUUUUGUUUUUUUUUUCUUCUUUCAAGCUAUACAAUACUGAGACUGAUCGACCACUCAAAUACUACCACAGCCAACCAACAUUCGCUCGUGCGAUUGUUCGUUCGUUCGUUUCAAAGCUAGUCUUUAAUUACAAAAACAAAAAUCUCGAUAGCAUUCCUCACUUCUUAUUAUUUUAGAUUUCGUUGUUUUUGUUUUAUUUUUUUU